UUCGCGAGAAGUGGCCGUGGCUAAGUUUGAUAGCUCCCUCAUCGCACAGAUUUGCGACAUUACAAAUAGCUCAUUUUAGAGAUUUUGUAUUGUUCAAUAAAUAUAUUGGGUGGAUCCGAUGUGAACCCUCGUGGAAGUUCGUGAACUCUGAUCUUCUGAACUGCCACAGCAGCUGCGGUUACAAUGUGGAAACUGGUCCCCCUUCAGUCUGAAGGGGAAACCAUCUACUUACUGCCUGGGAAAGAAUACGUCGUGGGCCGCAAGAACUGUGAUAUUCUCCUUGCCAGUGACCAGUCCAUCAGCCGUGCUCAUGCACAGUUCUCCCUGAGCGACCAGAAUUUGACACUGAAGGACACCUCCAAAUAUGGCACUUUCGUCAACGACGCACAGCUGGCAACUGGCACUUCACAGACACUGAAACCUGGGGACAGGUUGACAUUUGGGGUCUACCAAAGCAAAUUCAAGUUGGAGCAGGAGAACGUGAAGGUGUGUUCGUCAUGUCUGGAGAACGAGCGCAAAGCAGAGCUGUCGCAGGCCCUCUCCUCAUUGGGUGGCCGCCUGGUGAGCUCAUGGGACCAGGAGUGCACUCACCUCGUCAUGCCCUCAGUCAAGGUCACCAUCAAGACCAUCUGCGCUCUGCUGUGUGGGCGUCCCAUAGUGAAGCUGGAGUUCUUCACAGAGUUCAGCCGAGCCCUGAAGGAGAAGAGGAGUCCUCCGCAGCCACAGAGUUAUUACCCAGAGAUUGAUGAGCCCAGUCUGAGCAAAGAGGAGGUGGAUCUGAACUCUCGUCCGGAACGGAAACGGCUCUUCGCUGGCAAGACCUUCAUCUUCCUCAAUGCCAAACAGAUGAAGCGCUUGAGCCAGGCGGUGAGCUGUGGGGGUGGGCGGUGCCAGCUGCUGGAGGAGGGCUCUGUGCCGGCAGCGCUGCUGGAGUCCCCUGGCACCUGUGUGGUGGACAUGAGCAUGGGCAGCUCUCAGACUCUAGUCUCCGCCUCCACCAGGAAGUGGACUGACGCUGUCGGACAGGUGCUUCACAGGCGAGGGCUGCGUUGGAUCCCGGAGUCCGAGAUUGGGCUGGCUGCCAUCUACGUCAACAACUCCUCCUACUGCAACCCCUGCUCCCCCACAGAGACAGAGUCUCUGAGGAUGAAGCCGGUCAUCCCUGGUCCCUCUCUGUCCCAGAGCACAGCCGUGGACGAGACCGUCCUCCCCGCCGCCUCCCAGAACAUCACCGCCUACGCCCUGAACACAGAGCCCUCACAGGGCAUCAGCUGUCCAAAGGUGCGGGGAGAUGUGACAUCAGUUGGAGAGACUCCAGAGAGGCAGUCUGUCAGUCGAGUGCGUCCCACCACCACAACCACCUCUUCCUCCUCUUCCUCCUCCUCCUCUUCCUCAACCUUCCAGAAGCCUGCUAUUAACAAGGACCUCCCAUCGUCCUGUACCACCGUCACAGAGACUAUGAUGUCAUCACAUAGUGCAGCUCCCACAAGCCAAUCGGAGAGGAGCAGGAAGCCAGCAGCAGUGACAACGGUUCCGUCGAGCAAGACCUCCAGCGUUGACUCCGCGAAAUUCCGGCCUCCGUCGAGCGUGGCCAAGAAAGCGUCCCCACAGAAACAGUCCUCGCUCACCAAUUUCUUUCAGCCAGUCAGCAAAAAGAGACCACGCGAUGGCAGUUCGGAGGCAAGCCAGUCGGACUCUAAACUUUUCCGUUUUGACAGCGAAGGAGACAGCGAGCUGGACAAGAAGAGCUUCGCAACUGGCACUCCCACUGUCACCAGUGCACACGCCACUGCACGGACACACACCGCCACACACUCCUCCACGUCAGCAGCCCAGAACCAGAACAAAUCUGCACCGGGCCCAGUUUUGGACAGCAGAAACCGGGACGCAAGCUCCCGUCUCGGGUUAGGAUUCAGCGCCAGUCCUAGUCUGGGUUUGGGUCCUGGUUUAGGCUCUGGGCUGGGUUUGGGGUCGUCAAAAGGUGUUUUCGAUGGACUCGACAGCGAAUGUAAUCUGGGAGCAGAGACUACGAAUAAAAGGAAGGAGAUGGCUUCAAACGAGUCCGCGGUACCAGAUCUGGACCUCUCAUUGGAGGAGCUGGAGUCCAUCAUGGACGAUGAUAUGGGCAUGGACCCAGAGCCUGAGCCUGAGCCAGUAGCCAAUAAGAAAGCGAGAGUGGACCAGGAAGAGCACACUCCAGCCAAUCAGAAACCAGGCUGGAGCCAGGCAAAGGCGUCUUCGGGCACGCCGAAUCAAAACACUAAUAACCAGACAUCAGAAUGGGCCAAGGAUAGCUCCACCAAUAAGCAACAAAGACUGGGUCAGGGAGAUUUUAAUGGUUUUAAUGGGAAGCAAGGCCUAAACCAGAAUAAGAAUGGCAGCAGCCCCAGUGGGCAGACGCUCUCCGAAACGCUCAAGCACCAAAGCACUAAAAAUCAGACGCCAGAGACUGGCAACAGCAGUUCAACCUAUCAGAACAAGCCCUCGCAUCAGGAAAAGAAGAGCUCCACCAAUCAGAUGGAGAAAUGGGACUGUCAGGAAGAAGUUAAAAAUGAGGAAGUGUCUUUUGUGGUUGCAAAGUCUAACGACUCCACUGAUAAAGGCAAGGCCCCUGCCAAGAGCGUCCCACUCAAAGAAGAAAAGAAGGAGUCUAAGCCAGUGGAUGAGGACCUGCCUCGUAACCUGCUGCUGGUGGAGUUCAAGUCUCUGGUGGUCACCAGUGCCACCUCUCGCACCCGAGCAGAACCCUUGCACAGCCACAACCCAAACUUCAAGAACUUCAAGCGUUUUCGUAAGGUUCCCGUCCCAGGCUCACAGGGUCUCCCUCAGAUCAUCGGUGGCUCUGACCUGGUGGCCCACAGCAAGAGCAAGAACACAGAGCUGGAGGAGUGGCUGAAGGAGGCAGCGGAGGAUGAUAAGCAACGUGAGAUUGAGCAGUCGGUUGGGGAUGAGCUGUUCAGGUACAACCCCAAGCCCUCUGCGAAGAAGUUUGGAAGAUUCUGACCAGUCUACAUGAAAGAAGCAAAGAAGAAGGUGCCUGCAUACUUCACUGUGUGUUAGAAAAACCUUGUAGUAGGCCUACCAUGGGGUCACAGAGAGGAAUCUAGAUGAAAUAAUGUGUAGUAAACAUGUGCAGAUUUAUGCCAGAUCAAUGAUUGUGUGUGGGCCUAGCAUAUUUGCCAGUGUUCAAAUGAAUGUGUUCUGAACGUUUUUACAUGUCGGUGUGCAUGAAGUGUACCAAGGACUCACAACACGAGUUAGCCGUUGCAAUAUGUUUAAAAGAUUUAUUUGUUCUUAAUAAAAAAAUAUUGUAUACAAAACAUA